AUGCCUAGGGGGCACCCGUUCCAGCAGCAGGCUGAGGUCCUCAGAGGGUUGCUUGCGUGGGUCAACUACAAGGUGCUGCAGAUGAUGACGCUUCCUGCCUGGGGCAAGCUGCUGACCGUACUGUUCGUUGCCGUACCCAUCCUGGCGAUGGGCAGCUGGGCCCUACGUACCCUGACAGGCCAGAACUUCCGGGAGGCGCUGUUGCGGUGCUACCUCAUCUUGAAUAACGUCCCAGGUGCCGACAUCGCCAGCGAGACCGACCCGCGUGCAGCAGUAGUGCUCAACCUAGUCUACACGGUGGGCCUGCUCACCUUCGCCGCUCUGAUCGGAGUGAUCGGAGAUGACAUCAGCAACGCAGUGGAGGCGGCGCGGCUGGGUAACUCCAGGGUGGUCGAGCGAAAUCAUACAGUGGUGUUGGGCCACAACAGGCAACUGGUGGAGGUGUUACGGCAGGUGGCACUCGUACGAGCGGACCGCGGCGCCGCCGCCUUUCCCGGACAGUUGGUGGUGCUGUCGGAACGGGACAGGGGCUCCAUGGAGGACCUGCUGGUGGAGGCGCUCGGCCCGGCAGCUGCAGCGGGGAUAGUGACGCGGCAGGGCAGCCCCAUAAGGGUGGCGGACCUUCAGCGCGUCUCCGCGGGCCAUGCGCGAACCGUCAUCAUGCUGGCUCCGGAACCAGCCGGGGGCGGCGAUGGCGGGGAAGACGGCGGCGGAAGCGUCAGGGCCGCUGCAGCGGCGGCUGACAGCGGCCUCGAUCCGGAUGGAUGGAGAGGAGGAGGAGCAGGUGGAGCUGCGGCUCCAGACGGCGGGGAGGGUGGGGAGGGCUGCACGUGCCUGGGGCUGUCCUUGGAAGCUCGACAGGCUGUGACUUUGGCGGCGCUUCACCACCUUCGGCAUCAGGCCCUGAGGGGGCCGGGUGGCAGGGAACUGGGCAGUGAGCCCCAGACGGUGGUGGUGCAGCAUGAUGCCGACCUGGAUCUGCUCGAUCCGGAUAUAUUCGCCAGGAGCUGGGGCGACGGAGGAGGUGCCGGAGGUGGUGCCAGAGGCAGUGGAGGUGGAGCGACAGCAAGCAGGCACCUGGUCACCCCAGUGUCGCAUUUGAACAGCUUCUCCCGCAUCCAGGCGCAGUGCGCGUCACAACCCGGACUGUCGGUUGUGAUGAGCAGCAUCAUGCAGCAGAAGCCGGGCAUGCCAGAGUUCUACGUGCAGCACAUCCGUGAGGUCGUAGGCCUUACGUAUGGUCAAGCGCGCCGCCUCUUCCCACAUGCCGUACUCUGCGGCGUAUACGAUCCUGCCGCCGCUACCGCCUUCGCCGCUAACUCCGCCGAGGCGCGACUGGAUGCUGCCGCCAAGGCUGUCGUACUCAACCCACCAGAUUCCAUGCCUCUCCAGGAACGCUACGCACUGAUCCUUCUAGCAGAUCGGACGGAAGAUUGCCGCAUCAGCCACGCGCGGCUGGCGGAAGCGCAACAUGCCCGGCAAUUCAAUCACUCUCAACAGCAACAGCACCACCAUCACCAACACCAAGACCAAGACCACUCUCAGCACGGCAAAUGUCAACAGCGCGAAGCGGUACCUACCGACGAAAACAAGACGCAAAAAGGACUCAACAAUAGGCCGCCGGGAUUAACAACUGCUGCGACAGCGGCAGCGUCAUUAGCUACGCUUGGAGGUGGUGUCCGUAAGACUGAACACCGGCUUUGGGGCGGCGGCGGCGGUGGCGGUACGCGGGCUGAACGAGGUGCUGCACCACUGCGUGUGGUGAUUCUGGUGUUCAACGGUCAGCAGCCGGAGGAGCUUUUAGAGGGGGUGGCGGAUUACUGCCCACCUGGGUCGCAGGCAGUUGUGGUGGCGGCCAAGGAUACUCCAGCAAGCCGCGGUCCGCCCAGCAGUCUGAUGACGCAGCGGCAGCGACGGCGGUUGCGGGUGUCAACGGUUGUGGGCGACCCAAGGACCCGUGGGUCGCUUCGGGAUGCCGGUGCUUAUGAAGCUGACGCCGUCAUCCUCGCAGGCUUGGAGGGAGUCAGCACCGACAAUGCGGAUGCACAGGCGCUGGCGACGCUGAUACAGUUGCAGUCGCUUCCGCCGCCACUCCACCAGGCCAGCGCCGCCGCCGCCACCGUGGCGGAGUUGCAGUCGAACUUGGCCUCCGUCGCUGCAUCAAGACGGCCGCAGCCGCCGCCAUUGAACCUGGUCUGCAGCGUCAUUGAUCCACGUGUCAGAGAGAUCAUGAACAGCCUGGCGCACGUGCAGAUCGGGGCCGGCGGCGGCGGUGGAGGCGGGCCAGUGCGGCGACAGAUCACAAUAGAGGCCAUUAAUGCAGACGAGCUUUUGGCUGGCGUGGUGACACAGGUGGCGGCUGAGCCACGGUUGUCGGGGCUGUUCCACGAGCUGUCUAAUGCGGAAGGCGUCGAGAUCCAUCUCCGUACACCGCCAGGGCUGAAACUGCCGUACAAUCAACAGCUCACGUGGGAUCAGGUGUGGCUAUUGGCACUAAAGCGGCUUUGUUUGGCGGAGUGGGUUCAGGAUGCUGGCAGAGCUCACGGCGUGACGGUGAUUGGUCUGCUGCACGCCUCCACCUCCACCGCCGGUAUGGCGGCACAACCGCGGCUGCAGCUGGGAGUGCCGCUACACCCAUCUGGAGCUGCAACGGAGCUCCAGCCUGGGGAUAAGGUGGUGGUGCUGUCCGUGUCAUGGGUCGUGGCACUGACGUUGGUGGUUGCGGUGGAUGUCGAACGUUGUUUGACCAUUGGUGCGGUAAUGUUGCUCAAUUUAAGCAUUCAUAUCUACGAUGAGUGUCAGGCGAUGGGUCAUAAAGAAGAUUUGACACGGCAUAUGCUUUUCAGAAAGCGCGGCUGCCGGGCAUCUGUCCCCAGUGUGCUGCGCCACUUACCCGAUCCGAUGAAAAGGUCCUUUUUGGACCUCACCAUUCCCAAGCAAAAUCACCGUGGUAAUCUUAAACAAGGGUUCAAAGGGGAACGGUCAUGGGAACGUAGGGGCUAA